CAAGUAUAACCCUCUACAAGAAACCAAAAACUUUGUAUCACAUACCCUUAAAGAAAAGCUUUGCCUAGCCAAAAGAAAAAACCAAUCAAAUUUACAUAAUUUUGUGCUACGAAAUUGGUCAUGGCGUGUGUUUCUUCAUCAACUGCCUUGGCUGAGAGGAUUUCUGGGUACACUGCUUUGUUCUUGGCAAUAAUGCUGGUUUUGAGCUGCUGUGAAUCGAGUGAAAGUGAGUUUGCUGUUCGGAUGGUACAAAUGCAAUUCAACAAGCCAUGCGAUGAAAUUUAUGUGGUUGGUGAAGGAGAGACACUGCACACUAUUAGUGAAAAAUGUGGGGAUCCAUAUAUUGUUGAAGAGAAUCCACAUAUUCAUGACCCAGAUGAUGUUUUCCCUGGCCUGGUUAUCAAGAUUACUCCUUUCAUUGAUAGAUUAUUGGGCUACCAAAGACUGGGCCCACGGUCUUCUAACCUCUUAAUACUCUAGGUCCUGGGCCCCAACCCAACUCUGAGCCCCGCGAAAUGUGUGGGUACAGUCUAAGCAUCAUGUCUUCGAUCAACUUGCAACUUUGUGGCCCAUAUUGAACAAUACCGAGUCCAUGUUUUGUAAAUUUCCACAACCGAACUGGACAAGUAGAGAAACCCUCUAAAUUAUAUGUUCUUUUCUUCUUUAUAUUAUUAACAUGCAUGCUAAAUUUCA